GGUCUGAAGGUCCAGGUGAUCAGGAAUCCUCCUCCUCCUCCUCCUUCACCUCCUCUGCUCCUCUUCAACACAUGAAUUCAGGAGUUUACGCGCGGAUCAAACUAAAGCUCGGAGUGUAAAAUGGAGCGGGAUCAGGAUCAGAAGCGGACCGUGCGGAGUCAUAAACUGCGGCAGAACUGGACCUGGAUCUGCAGGGAUUUGUCGUGCGUCGCGCUGUGCGUGGCGCUGUCGGUGCUAUGCCUCGGCGUGUGCGUGGUGGUUCUGGUGCGCGCCUCGGAGCUGCAGUCCCGCGUGGAGAGUCUGGAGCAGCAGCAGCGGGACGCGCGGGUCUCCUCCGCGUGGAGCGUCUCUCUGGAGCAGGUGGAACCCGUGCUCCUGAGCAGACUGGACCAGAUUCUGGACGAGAAACUCGCGGCUCGACUACCAAAGACACGGGAGGUGAGGGAAGCUCCUCACAGCUGCUUAUGUCCUCCAGAGCCGGACAUGUUUGUGAGCGGCGCGGUGAAAAAUGGACUCUGA